AUUGCUACAUCAGCAUGCUCGACCAUGUUUCCCGUUCUGCCGUGCUCCAUUACCAAGAGGAGCAACAGCAUGUGCCUUCCACCGACAAGGUUGAACUUGAGACCCGCAUUUACAAGGGUACUGGUAGAAAGGACACAUGCGUCAUAUUUGCGCAUCCUUACGGGCCGCUUGGCGGGAACCUAGAAAACAAUGUCGUCCGAGCUCUUUUCGACAAUUUCGCGCACCAAGGUUAUAUGACCGUCCGUUUUAACUUUCGCGGUGUGGGACGGUCUACUGGGCGAACGUCCUUCAGGGGGGCGGGCGAGAUGGAAGAUGUUCUGGCGAUUUGUCAUUACCUACGUAGCCGAUCUGACCUGGCACCAAAGAGAAUAGUUUUAUGCGGCUAUUCGUACGGAUCAGUAGCAAUGGGUGCAAUUGCCGGACAAGUUCCUGAACUAGCUGGUUUCAUAUCGAUAAGUUAUCCAAGUGGAGUACUUUGGUUCCUCACCCUCUUCAACGGCAAAAAAUCUCAAGGAAGCUUAAAGUCCAUAUCUACGAGCAUCCCAAAGCUCUUUAUAACCGGUGCAAAAGACAAUUUCACAUCCGAAGCAAACUUUCAAAAGUUCGUGGACGAAUUACCGUCAGAGAACAAGACGGUGAUAAUCGUACCAGAAGCCAACCAUUUUUGGGCAGAGUGGGAGGACGCAUUGGUUGGACACAUCAAUAGUUGGUGUGCAAAAACAGGAUUGAACUCCAAAAGCGGGAGGUCUGCCUCGGCAUCUCCGCUGAGAAUCUCGCCUGGGACGCCUAGUCCAACAUCUGCCACGUCGAGCCCUGUCAGAAGCGCCUCAAAGAGUCCAAGCCCAUCAAAGAGCCCGGGAUCACCGUGGUGACCUAAAUCAUAGAACACUAAAGAGGAAUACUGUAUACCCGGUCUACGGUAGUGGCGAUGCAUCGCACAAUGCUGAGUCAACGCAAUUUCAAUAAUAUAUAUGAGGAAUCAUUGCGCCAACGACAGUCGUUGGAUUGCAGAAAAUUAAACAUUAUGACCAUGUCACACUGUGUCUAUCACUCGUAUCUUCUUAUUCGACACUGCCCUUAACAGAAAAUGGACGUGUCUACUUGACCUCCACUAAUCGAUCU